UUCUUUUACUUUCCUCCCUCGCCCUCAUCCCCUCCACCCUCCACCCCCCCUCCUCAUUCAAAUCCUUUACUGGUCCUAUAUAAAGCGGGACUCCGGGCGCAGGAGCAGGAGGACAGGAGGAGGAGGAGGAGGAGGAGGAAGAAGAAGAAGAAGAGGAGGCUGCGCAGCCUGAAAACCCCCCGAGAUGGAGAGAGUAGGCGAGAGGCGCGCGUGCGCGGCGGGCACGGCGAGCGCGGCGAGCGGCCGCAGGAUGAUGCAGGACGUGCAGGAGCUGGCGCGCGCGCACGCGGCCAAGGCUCUGCGGAGCGCGGCGGUGUGCGUGCUGCUGCUACCGCGCUUUUUGCUCGCCGCGCUGCUCCUGUGGCUCCUCGACUUCCUAUGCAUCCGACGGAAGGUGCUCGCGAGGAUGCGGGAGCGCGAGGGCGCGGACGGUGACAGCGCGGACGACCCGGCCGUGCGCGUGUCCGACUCGAACCGGAUGUUCACGCUGGCGUCGCUGCGCGCCGUGUGGCACGGCCACAAGCUGGACUUCUUCAAGACGGCGCGCGUGGGCGCCGCGGCUCCCAACAGCGAGGUGGUGCCGCUCGUCGAGCACAAGAGGGCGCGCAUCCUGGACUACGCGCGCGGCCGCCGGCCGCUCAUCCUCAACUUCGGCAGCUGCUCGUGACCGCCGUUCAUGCGGCGCUUGGCGGCUUUCCGCCGCCUCGCCGACCAGUACGCGGACAUCGCCGACUCGCUGCUCGUGUACAUCGAGGAGGCGCACCCGUCGGACGGCUGGGCGAGCUCGGACGCGCCCUUCCAGAUCCCGCGCCACCGCUGCCUGGAGGACCGGCUGCGCGCGGCGCAGUUCAUGAACGCCACGGUGCCCGGCAGCAUGAUGGUGGUGGACACGAUGGAGAACGCGGCGAACGCGGCGUACGGCGCCUACUUCGAGCGCCUCUACAUCGUCAAGGACGAGGUGGUGGUGUACCAGGGCGGCAGGGGACCCGAGGGCUAUCGGAUAUCCGAACUGAGAUGCUGGCUCGAGCGCUACCGCAGCGAGCUCGAGGGCUCCAGGGCCGUGGUGGUGCACGUGUAGGACAUGAAACAAAACAAAACAAACAAGAGAAGGAAACGGUGCACGAGGAGCGCGUGAACGGAAGGAGUGGUGAUGGUGGUGGUGUUUCUGUUGUUAUUUGUUAUUGUUGUUGUUAUUGUUGUUGUUGUCAUCAGCGGUGCGAACGCAUCAUCCUCAGAGACUGACGACUAAGCUCAGACUAAAAAAAACUAAUGGAAUCCACUCUUAUGUUUGUUCAUGUUGAUUAUCUCCUUGUUGUGGAGCGGUUUAUUUUUGUAUGGUCUGUACUGUGUGUGUGUGCGUGUGUGUGUGUGUGUGUGUGUGUAAAUAGAGAGACUGUGUGUGUGUGUGUACGUGAAUGAUGAGAAUGUGUGUGUGUGUGUGUGUGUGUGUGUACGUGAAUGAUGAGAAUGUGUGUGUGUGUGUGUGUACGUGAAUGAUGAGAAUGUGUGUGUGUGUGUGUGUGUGUGUGUGUGUGUGUGUGCACGUGAAUGAUGAGAAUGUGUGUGUGUGUGUGUGUAAAUGGAGAGACUGUGUGUAAAUGGGGAGACUGUUUGCUGUGUGUGUGUGUAAAUGGGGAGACAGUGUGUGUGCGUGGCCAUUAGGCUGUUUUAUUGUACUCUGGUGUUGUUGUGAAGUUCGGUUUUUAAAAGGAUUUGAGCCAGAAAACCGGUACUGAUGUAUUUUGACGCUAGAGUACUUGCAGACAGAAGAAUGGCCUUUAAUACUAAAUUGCCAAACAUUGUUUCGUAAAUUGUGUAUAUUUUAUUGAGCAAAUAUUUUUUAAAUAAAUAAUAGAACACCUA